AUGAUUUCUCCUUUGAUUGCUUGCUCACUGAGGAAUACCUUUUUGCGCCUCCUUUCUAGCCGAUUGCUGCCUGAUGAGGGUGAAAUUUUUGUGCCAACACAUUUGCGGAUUUUAUUCGUAGCCCAAGACCCUGUGCUGUUGGAUGCUAGUGUGUGGGAGAAUCUCACUUACGGAGCUCCAAAUACUGAGAUUGAUGUUGUGAAGGGGGUUCUCAAAAUGCUGCAAAUGAAGAACAUUUUGGCACAUUUGCAGGCAGAGCUGCUUGGCAAUGAGACUGCAAAUCAGGAGAUGGGGGACGAAGAGCAAGGCCUCCGGCAGCCCAACCGUUCCCCGGUGGAGAAGAUCUCAGAUUUGUCGGAGCCGCUGACCGGGCGGAACUCGCAGAGCCGCUCCUCCCGGACUCUCUCCAUGAAUGGCAAUAGCUAUAAAGAGCUCCCAGCCUUGGAUCCCCAAGAAUUGGCAGCCGAUGCUGCACGGGAUGCCAGUCGGCGGCUGUGGAUGGAGCCUCUCACCUACACUGAGAAGGUGAAAGUUAGCCUGGCACGGGCACUCAUCAUGAAUCCCCACUUGCUGGUCCUUCACCGCCCCUUCCACCACUUUGACUUGGGCACCGCCGAUGAUGUUCUCAACGAUACAGAUGCCAAACUGAAGUAUUGGGCAGCUGAUGAUCCCUAUUCCUUCUCCUCUCAUGUGCGGCAUGCUGCGAAGAGGAGUUGGCAACGAGCCAUCGAGCUUCUCGCAUUGCGUCCCACUUGGGACGUAGUGAGUUGCAGCUGUGCUUUGAGAUGUCCCUGGUCACAAGCGUUAGCCUUGAUGGCAGCCAUAGCCAAGAAGGAGUUGCGCCGCGAUGUGAUUUGCUUCAGCAGUGCAAUCACAUCCAUGGAAACUCAGUGGCGGUGGGCUCUUCAGCUGCUUCGUGAGAUGCUCGAAGAUGGCAUGGAAGCUAAUGUCUUUACGUACAGUUCUGCCAUAAGUGUUUGUGACAAGGCUCAGCAAUGGCAACGGGCUUUGGUACUCCUGGAUGAGAUGGGUUUGGACAGUGUGGAGGCCAAUGUGGUCAGCUUCAAUGCGGCAAUCAAUGCGUGUGCCACAUCGGCCAAGUGGACCUUUGCCAUUGCUCUCUUGCACUCCAUGUGGCAGGACAAAUUGUGUUUGCCUGUUUGCGGACAAACGCAGUACCAGAUGAAAUACUUCAAGUGA